GGCCGCCACCGAGGACCUACUGAAGAGCUUCCACCAGUCCUGGGCCGAAAGCGAGAGUGUGUUCCAGAAUCUGGGAUUCAGUGUCUCAGAACAGAGGACAUCACAGAUCGUAACACACCAGCAGGAGACUGUCGUGACGGAAAAUUCGAGUUCCAGAGUCCGAACUGUGUACGGUGUGUCGGAAGAGGGUGUAUCCGAUGGAGUGUCUGAUCGCAGACAAACACAAUUUCCAUAAAAGCUGCUUCCGCUGUGAGCACUGCAGUGGCAAACUAAGCCUUGGCAACUACGCCUCUCUCCAUGGACGAAUGUACUGCAAGCCCCACUUCAACCAACUGUUCAAGUCCAAAGGAAAUUAUGACGAAGGAUUCGGACAGAAGCCUCACAAAGACCUUUGGAGUGCUAAAAAUCAAGAGUAUUCCAUUGAAAAUGAAAAGACUAAGCUAAAAUCACCGUCCCCUGAAAAACUAGAUUCCAGAAAUUCCACAGCCAGGAGCAGUGUCAGUUCGACAAAGAUAGAGGUACCACCUCCACAGGAAAAGGAAGUGAGCAAAUCACAGGAUGAAAACAUAAAGCACACUAGUAAGAUUGCGGUUGUAUGGCCCCCUCAGAAUGAUUCUCCCAAGAAAGUGUUCAUGAUGGAGGACGAGGUGAAGCUGGUUAAACCCUUAUGGCCCCCCCAGGAUAGCUCUCCACAGACUGACAACGAUGCUCAUAAAAGCCAGAUCAAUGAACCUUCAUUAAACGACAGCCCUGCUAUAAAAACACAAAAUUGUUCUCAAGAAACUGCAUGGGAAUGUGCCGUUGUAACUGUAGAAACUCCAGCAGAGAAGAAGGCUUUGACCACUCCUGUAGACCUAGUAGAGGUAACAGACAGUACUCCCACCCAUGAACCCCCAAGAGACGGUGGCAUAGAGGUAGCUGGGAAAGUGGAAGCCAAUGUGGAAGUGACACGCGAGGUGAACGAGGAAGGAGCUGUGGAAGGUGGGAAUGUGACAGAAAAAGAUGAAAAGGAAAGUGGAGAGAAGGUAGAGGAGGUGAGAGUAAAUGGGCAUAGCGGGGAGGCUGAGGCAGAGAACCCUUAUAAAGAGGAGAAGGAGAAACUUGAGAAAGUAAAUGGGAGUGAGGAGGAUAAAGUCAAGGUCACAGUGAUAGAUGGUGAGGAAUCAGGUGAGCCAGCAGUAAACGCAAACUCCAACAACAACAAUAACGGACUAUUAUUAUUUGACCAUGAACCAAAGUUCAAAGUGCUUGAUGACUACAAAAUGGGAGAAAGAGAUUUCAUACUUCAGUCCACAGAACCAGCUGCUGCCGAAAGCGACUUUAAGGAGGGCAUAUUCGGGGAUGAAGAACUAAAAUGGAUGCCAACCAACGUUCUAGACAUGGCACAGAGGGAUGACGCUUUUGUGCCAAUGGGUGCCAAAUGUAUGGAGGCCACAGACGACAGUCUAGAUGAACAUGUCUUCACAGGGGCGACUCAGAGUACAUUUUCUUUUGAAGCGGAACCAAAGAUUAGCACCUCUAGCUUCCUGGAGGACAUUUUUGCUGGGCUCGAUAACAGUUCCAUCCUCCUGUCUGAUUUCAAGUCUGACCUCUUCAGUGAGUCCGUCAGUGAGAGGCCCUUGGUGUCAUCUCUGGACGACCUUUUGGAUUUUGGAAUGGAGCCAAGAGGAAACACAGAGACACCCAAAGACGGGCGGAACGGGGAUGAACCGCUUGACAGAUGUGCCAUGAAGGAUGUCUGUGCACAGGGGAUAAGCAACAUGCUGUGGAAAGAUGAUUAUGACUCGCUGUCAGUGGAGGAACAAAUCAAGAGGAACAGAUAUUAUGACGAGGACGACAGUGACAACUCCUAAAUCUGAUAACAUUUCAUCCAUAUUUUCUAGCACUCAAUUAGUUCAUUCUGUCCACAUACAAUCCCUAAUUUAAUUUCUGUCCGUGGAGAGAAGAAUCGAGCUAAUAUCACAACUUCCCUAUAACUAUUUUUGUACUGUGUUUUGGCAAUGAUAUCGAUGCUCUUUAUUACAAUAUCUUGAUUUGAUCUUGCUGUUUAAAAGCACCUGGUGUGCCGUUUUUAAAAAUUAUAAAGGGAUUUUCUGUUCCAUGUUUUUCUGUAUACAUUGCUUCUGAUAUUUUAAAAUCAUCAAAACAGAACCUGUUCAUGUUUUGCAAUACAUUCAUUGUAAUUUCUCGCUACAGUAUAAUGGUUUUCGAUUUGCUUGGUUUGUUGGAAUGAAUGUCUGUGAGGUUUAAUCUUCUGAGUCUGAUUAAAGAUGAUUUACUUUUCCUA